GACCCCUAGCGCAUCACCAGUGAGUGGAUGGCGUGGGCUUCUCUCCUCCAAACCGCACAGCAUCGUCACUCGCUUCACAGCAACAGCCUCGUACGCAUCAUCUUCAUCCUCCUCCUCCAUCCUCAUCCUCACCAUCUCCAGGCUGAAGAGAGUCGCUCGCAGGAAUUAAGGCAUAAGAAGAGCCUGUUUUUGGCAAGUGAACUGGGCUUCAACUUUUUAAACCUUUGAAUUGUAUCUUGAGCAAACUGAAGCCCCAGUACUUUCAAGGGGCCUCUCAGCUUGACCUUUGACCUUUGUUGCUUCGACUGAAACCUCUUUAAAAUGGAGGACGGCUACCAAAACCGGACUGCCUUCAUAAAAGGUGCCAAAGACAUUGCCAAAGAAGUCAAACGGCAAGCGUCCAAGAAAGUGGGCCGUUCAGUGGAUCGGAUGAGCGAUGAAUACAGCAAGCGAUCCUACAGCCGCUUCGAAGAAGAUGAUGAUGAUGACUAUCCCAUGCAGGGAAACCAGGACGGAGGCUAUUACCGUGGUGACAGCCAGGCAGCCAAUGAUGAUGAGGGUGGCCACAGUGACUCCACAGAAGGUCACGAUGAAGAUGAUGAAAUUUAUGAGGGCGAGUACCAAGGAAUUCCCAGGGCCGAUUCAGGCAAAGGUAGUCUGGCUGGAGGUCCGGGAUCAAUGACAGCUGGAGCCCAACAGUUCAGAGAUAUUGGGGUUUCUGAGGCUGAGAGACGGAAGGACCAGGAGGAGCUGGCUCAACAGUACGAGACCAUCUUACAAGAAUGUGGUCAUGGGAAAUUCCAGUGGAGCUUGUACUUUGUACUGGGGCUGGCACUCAUGGCUGAUGGCGUGGAGAUCUUUGUGGUGGGGUUUGUCCUCCCCAGUGCAGAGAAGGAUAUGUGUUUGUCUGAACCCAACAAGAGCAUGCUUGGUUUGAUUGUAUACUUUGGGAUGAUGGUUGGGGCUUUCCUUUGGGGGGCUCUGGCUGACCGGAUAGGCCGUCGGCAGUCUCUUCUUAUCUCUCUCUCCAUCAACAGCAUCUUCUCCUUCUUCUCCUCCUUUGUCCAGGGUUACAGCACCUUUCUGUUUUGCCGUCUCCUCUCAGGUGUUGGAAUCGGUGGCUCUAUUCCCAUUGUGUUUUCAUACUACUCUGAGUUUCUGGCUCAAGAAAAGCGUGGUGAGCACCUCAGCUGGCUCUGCAUGUUUUGGAUGAUUGGGGGAAUAUAUGCAUCCGCUAUGGCCUGGGCUAUAAUCCCACAUUAUGGAUGGAGUUUCCAGAUGGGCUCGGCAUAUCAGUUCCAUAGCUGGCGUGUGUUUGUGUUAGUGUGUGCGUUUCCGUCUGUUGCUGCCAUUGCUGCCCUCAAUGCCGUGCCUGAGAGCCCACGCUUCUACUUAGAGAAUGGCAAACACGAUGAAGGCUGGAUGAUUCUGAAGCAAGUUCACGACACAAACAUGAGAGCAAAAGGACACCCAGAGCGGGUUUUUUCUGUUACCACAAUCAAGACGGUGAAGCAGAUGGAUGAGUUGGUGGACAUUGGCACAGACACCCCAGUCUGGCAGCGCUACAGACUGAAGAUUAUGAGCAUUUCCCAGCAGAUACGGAAUAACAUUCUCGCCUGCUUCAGCCCGGAGUAUAAACGGACAACCUUCAUGCUCAUGGCUGUUUGGUUCAGCAUGUCUUUCAGUUAUUAUGGCCUGACGGUGUGGUUCCCUGACAUGAUCAAGUACAUCCAGAAGCAGGAAUAUGACUCACGCACUAAGACCUUCACUAAGGAACGAGUGGAGCAUGUCACGUUUAACUUCACCCUGGAAAACCAAAUCCAUCGCCAAGGAUAUUAUUUUAAUGACAAGUUCCUCAACCUGAAGAUGAAGUCCAUGGUGUUUGAAGACUCAGUGUUUGAGGAGUGCUACUUUGAGGACAUCACCUCCACUCACACCUUCUUCAGGAACUGCACUUUCGUUGCAAGUUUGUUUUAUAACACAGAUUUGUUCAAAUACAGGUUUGUCAACUGUAAACUGGUCAACAGCACGUUCCUCCACAACAAAGAAGGCUGCAUACUGGAUUUCAGUGAUGACUUCAACAACGCCUACAUGAUAUAUUUUGUCAACUUUCUUGGCACACUGGCAGUGUUGCCUGGGAACAUUGUGUCGGCUCUAUUAAUGGACAAAAUUGGCCGUUUAAGAAUGCUGGCGGGAUCCAGUGUCAUAUCCUGUGUCAGCUGUUUCUUCCUGAUGUUCGGCAACAGUGAAUCAGGGAUGAUUGCCCUCUUGUGUCUGUUUGGUGGCAUCAGCAUUGCCUCGUGGAACGCCCUGGAUGUAAUCACAGUGGAGCUCUACCCCUCGGAUAAAAGGACCACAGCAUUCGGCUUCCUGAAUGCCCUCUGCAAAUUGGCAGCUGUGCUUGGCAUCAGCAUCUUCCAGUCGUUUGUCGGCAUCACCAAGGCUGUACCCAUCUUAUUUGCCGCCGGUGCGCUUGCUGCAGGCAGUUUCCUUGCAACAAAGUUGCCUGAAACAAGAGGCCAAGUGCUGCAGUAAAGCAGAUGACCAGCAGUGGGCAGCAGAGUACAGCUGAAAUGUGUCUGACAAGUAGAGCCUGAAAAUCCAUGAGAGCUUCAGCACUGCCCGUCUGUCACACAGCAACAGAAUAGACUGCCUACCCCAAUGUAAGCCCAGAAUCCUUUGAAAUGUGGAUUUUCACCAUAAUCAUAAAAAAAGAGCACACAUAUGUAGAAAAAGAUACCUGUACUAUCAUAACACCUGAGCUUAAUUUCAACUGCUCUGUCAGGUAGUGUUAGGAAUACAAUCUUAUAUGGAGGAGUAACUCUUACAAGGUGAUAUGGUUUAAAUGGAAAUGUGUGGUUAGGAUAAAACACGUCUACAGUGAAAAAACAAAAUGGUCAGGUGAAGAGAUGAGGUGAAAAAAAAUCCAUUUCUAGGGGAUUUAGUCCAUGUAUUAGUUCAGUAUGCAGAUAAGGUUGCAGUACUUUUCUUACAGUUUCAGUACUGUCUUACAAUGAUACGUUUUGGUUGGCUGGGACAUUGAUAUUUUUAUUCAUUUACUUUUUAAAAUUUCUUUCAAGAUCUGAAGAUGAACAUGUUUCCUCUAAGAAUGUCCAUGACUCCUUGACCACUGCCUGUUACUGAAGCCAGACCAGCUGAGUGCUGUUAUUUUCUAACCAAAUACUAUGAAAACAUUCCAGAGAGGAUGGAUUUAUUCAGAUGCUCUCGUUAUUUUGUCCUUGCAUAAUUCCGGUCUGUUUAUCGCCUCAACACUCAGACAGGUGAAGAUGCAUUUCACAGGAUUCUCUGUUGUGCAUGGGAAUAGUUGGAUCCAGCUCCUCAGUGUUAAACCAGUGUUUUCCCUCCCUGAUGUGUGGCAAUUUGUUGUUGUUUGUAAGUGGAAUGCAACAGCGUCUGUGGGACGGAUUUCAGCGAAGUGCUCAAUGUGAAAGCAGAGUAGAAUUUAGUUGUGUGAGUGAAUGUGUGUGUGGGCAUGUUUCAAGGGAGCUCACUUUAUUUGAGCUUUGUUGGGCCCACGAUACUGGACCUCAAAAGUUUAAGUUGCUGUUCGAGAGUAAAGAUGUGGAUUUAGGGUCAGCGUAGAGCCCUCGAAUAGACAGGUGUACAAGGAUGUGUGUGAUUGCAUGUGUAUAUGUGUGUGUAUUUAUGUGAGGAAGAGACAAUGUCUGAUUUGUUUAUUUGAAUUUAAUGAUCUCAUGCAAAUGAGCACAGCCACGUAGACCAUAUUUUUCAGUCUGGGGGGAUUUGUUUAUCCAGUAGCAGAGUGUAUGAACAUCUGUAACACAUUUUUCAGCUAAUUACAUUCAAAUGAUACGGAGAGGUCAGUCCUAAACUUGGACUCAGUAGUUUUACCCCCUAAAAUUGUUAAAUAGAGGCCCAUUUUUUAAGCUUAUUUAGAAGAUUUCCAACACACAUCAGCCUUCCUGAACAGAUAAAGAUAACACAUUACAUUCAUAAGCACAAAUCAAACGGGACCAAAAUAAAACAGGAUUUCAUUUUAAGGGCUCCUAUUCAGUCAUUCCUCCCUGUAUUCAUUCCUGGCUUAAAAGUAGUUUUACUGUAUGGUAAAAAGUAUGGUAGUACUCCCUUAUCUACUUCUUAAAUGCUAAAAUACCUGUAGUGACUUAAGAUUGGACAGAAGCUCUCUAAAAGGAAAGAUAGUCAUUAUUUAUACAUAUCACUGUAUCUUGGUAUCAUUUCUCCAAAGGUGUUCAUCAACAUGUGGGCUGACAAUCAGUGAGUGAGUUAACAGGCAGACAGAGUGUGAGAUUUGGACCUGAAACGCCCUCUGGAGUGUAUGGAUUUGUGUGUGUGUGUGUGUUAGUAAUGUUAUGAAGUCAUAAGAGUGCCAUGAAAAGGAAUAAAUCUGUAAAGGAUCACUUUAUAAAAGACUGAGUAAAUAAAUAAAUGGGAAAUGGAAAUCUAAAGGAGUAAAAAUAAUGAAAAAUAUAAAAGCAUUAAUGUUUACAUAUAUUUGUUUAUUUAUGGUAUACACAUUUAUUCAUAUAAUUUUUUUUUUAUUUUUGUGUUAUUUAUUUAUUGUAUUUAUUUAGUUUUAUUCCCUACUUUUAUUCUUAUUGCUGAACCUUUCUGUCAAAUCAUUUAUCGCUAAUAAGAAUCACCAAAGAUAUUUUAAGAGGAUAUUUCAGUUUUGUUUGAUAUCCAAAUACAUGGAUAAAGAUUAUAGAUAUUCAUAUUAUUUAUUUCUCACAACUCUUAUAACAAUAAAACAAUUAGCUAUUCUUUAUUAAUUAAUUUACCCUUGUUUCAUGUUUACUUGUGGUUUUUGUUGUUCUUUUAUAGAUAUAUUACUUUUAUGGUAAUCCUGUGACUGUCAUGGUUAUGCCCUCCCAGACUAAAUAAUAAAAAAACAAAACAAAAAAAAAAGAACAAAAAAAAAACAACAACAAACAAACAAACAAACAAAGAAUACAUAUAUUAGCUUAGCCUAGCAUAAAUUCUAAACAGUGCUGUUCUCCUUUUUUAUGCUAGGCUAGGCUAAGCUAAAGCUGCUGACUGUAGCUUCAUAUUGUUUACAAACAUCAGAUCAAUGUCGACCUUCUUAUUGAAAUUGAGUUUUCCCAAAAGUAUCAAAUUAUUUUUUAGAGUUUUGUUAAAUCUGCAUUAUGAUUUUUGUUCUUUGUGUACAGUCGUUGGUAUUUAAUGAACAAGUUUGUCCUGCCUUCUUCAAACUGGAAAGACUGGGUGUGUGUGUAUGUGUGCAUGUUUAAGCUGACAACACUGACUGUCACAUAUUUUUCUACUCUUUUCUGUUGGAACAUUUAAAUCCCUGUGAUGAAAACAGCUUAGUUAGGGACCACGGUUAUAUUCAAAAGAAACUAACAACAAACUAAUGCAAUAUUUAGUGUGGAAUUUAAUGUUUUGUUCUUUGUAAUAGACCUGGAUGCGCUUAUGGUGAUCCAGUUCAGAUUGAAAACACUCCAAGAUUAGUAGUCACAGAGACAAUGUGUGGUCUGCUCAUAUGUUUAGAAACACGAAAAGCCUACCUUAAAUCCACAAAGAUGACUUCACCCAUCAAGCCUCUGUACCCAACCGAUUGUGACGCAUGUUUGUAUCGUAUUGUCAGACUUUUUGGACGUCCUGUAUGCCAGCCGUUUUUGUCUAAAUCAAGAACUAGUGUUUUCAUUGUUGUAUGAUGACAUAGAUUUGUUGCUUGCAGUGAUUGUUCUUAAUCAGAGUGGGGUUAAAAUCGAUCAAACUUGUACUGAAAGUAAGUUAUUGGUGACCGUGCUUGUUUACCUUGGACCCAGGUAACUUUUAUACAUACAUAUACAUAAUAUAUGCUUGAAUUUAUGAAGAGGAUGUUUGUAAUCCUGCAGUCCAUCUUGUCACACAGGUACAAGAUGGUUAAGGCCGGGAAAAGGCAAUAGUGGUGGGAGCCAAAAAAUGUGCAUAAAUGAUGAAGUUAAAUCUGACACAUCUGCUUGUUUGUGUGAAUCCAUAAAAAAGGGGAAAGUGUAAGCAAUAAUGUGGAGACUUUCCCCAAAGUCUGAGGAAACAGCAAGUCAGUGUAAAACUCCAGAGUGUCACAGUUAAUCAGCUCACGAGAAGAGUACCCUGUCAAACUGAAGCUCCUGUCUAAAAUGUAAAAGUUUACUACUUAAUGUGACUAUGUGUAGAAUUUCCAUUCUAUAAAUAUAUAUAACUGUACAAAUAAACAAAAUGAUUGCUGGUUUACGUUUUAUCUGUAACAAUGGCAGUGAUAUGGGAUAUUGACAAAAUAAAGCAAACACCAGGCUGAAGACUUCCUGUACUGAAAGUGGGCUGUUGAAGGUGUUUUUAUGGCAUGCUUUCUGUUUAGUCAAAUCUUAAGAGCAAACAGAUGAGUCCUGAAUGAAUCCUAAAGAAAAUCGGGCUGAUCCAUGCCAGAAUUUGCAGAAAACUGCAAGAAUCCUUCACUGUAGUUGGGACUGAAGGAGUUUGUUUUCUUUAGUUUGAUCUGUUUAUUAACUGAUACAAGUUCUAAAUGUGAACUCACUUCAAAAUUCAGUGUACUGUGUGUAGAAACUGUAGAUGUUUGUACGUGAACGUAUGGAAUUUGUGGAACAAAAGUUCAAAGAAAAUCA